AUGAGGAUCUUCCACGUCGUGAAUCGAUAUGAUAAGACUGAAGAAGAGCAAAACAUGCUCGAUACUCUAAAUAAAGCAUAUGAAGAAAACGAGCCACAAAAUGACCCAAGCUUGCUAUAUCUCACCCCGAUUAAAAACUCCUCAGUUUAUAAUCCUAGUGUUUGGACGAAAUUUGCUUUAUUGUGCAAAAGAUCAUAUGCCAAUGCAAAGAGGAAUCCUCAGCUGAGUAAGGUCAGAGUAAUCCAAUACAUCAUCAAUGCGACUAUUUUAGACCUCUUGUUCCAUGAUUUAUCAAGCACCACUAGAGGAAUUUCUGACACUAAUGGAGUCUUGUUUUCUAUGAUCAACAUUAAUAUCGUCCUCACUAACAAUUCCUCAGCUAUGACCUUCCCAAUAGAAAAGCCUAUAUUUUUAAAAGAAACGAAACAAGGAUUAUAUGGAUCUUUAACCUAUUAUAUUGCUAAAAACUUUUCUGAGCUGCCGAUGCAGAUUAUCAUACCUAUGAUGUACUCACUUAUGGUUUAUUUUGCCUUAGGGCUUGAUUUAACAGCAGCUAAAUUUUUUAUUUUCUUUUUAGUUUUAAUGCUAGUCCAGAUGACAGGCGUUGCGCUAGGGUACGUAGUUGGGGCAUAUGCUCCAAGCCCACCUGUCGCUAUGGCUUUUGCCUCUUUGCUUCCUAACGGACUAAUGCCUUUCGGAGGGUUGUAUGCGAAUCUAGGCAAUAUAAACAAAGCCUUCAGCUGAGUCCAAUAUAUUUCGCCAUUUGGUUGGGCGUUUAAGUCUUUGACAAUAAAUCAGUACAGAGACAACAGUUUUGACUGCAGCCCAUCUUGCGAUCCUUUGGACAGAUUUGGAUUCUAUGAUCCUUUAUGGAAAGAUAUCAUAUGUCUUUUUGCACUAAUGCUUGGAUAUAGAAUUUUUGCUUAUCUUGUAUUGAAACUUGGAAUAAGAAAAAUGCAUUAG